CCACUGAGAUUUCUUCUCUCCCACGAUUUGUUCGGUACGCUUCCCUGCUUCGCCCUGCCAAAUUCAAAAACCUUUUUUAAUUGUGCUUUUUUUUUCCGGGAGCAAAUCGAGUGAAAGAAGGCUGAGGAACAGAUCUCGAGUAUAUAAUUGCUCAGAAAUGUAUCCGUGGAAAUAAAAAUCUGAUCUUGUUGCACUUUCUUAAUGCCCGGCGAAGGUUUCCGUCAAUUCAUGUUUGCCGCCGGGCGGUCACUGUUGGGAUUGUAGCAGUCGGGAAGCAUAAAAGGAGCUAACCCAUGGAAAGAAAUCUGUCUUCUCUGUUCAACGCGAAGAUUGUGGAUCAUGAGAAUGGUGUUCGCGUCUACGAACCAUCAGGCAGUGCCAGUGUUACUCCCAUGUCUCAGGGAGUGACUGGUUGGAGUUCCAGUGUCACUCAUCAAUUCCAUGCAGUGGCAGGCAGCGGCGGCGGCGGCGUUUAUCCCGGCAAUAGCUCCGGGGAGUCCUUCAAGAGAAAGCGUGGCCGUCCAAGGAAGUAUGGUACCGAUGGCACGCCAGUACUCGGCGUGUCACCGCUAUCAACAAGUCCGGCGGCUCCUCCUCCGAGCACCGGAAUAUUCUCUCCGGCUACUCAUGUUGCUGCAACAGUUGCUGCAGAGGGUGCCAAAAGGGCUAGAGGUCGUCCACGAGGUUCAACCAACAAGCGACCCAUAAAAGCUCUUGGUUCAACUGGAACUGGAUUUAUGCCUCAUGUUAUUGCUGUUGAAACUGGAGAGGAUGUAUCAGCAAAGAUCAUGGAAUUCUCGCAGCAAAGCAGACGUGCGAUUUGCGUCCUGUCUGCAAAUGGUGCAAUUGCAAAUGCCUCUCUCUGUCAGGCUGAUACACACGGUAGCACCUUAACUUACGAGGGUCGUUUUGAAAUCCUGUCACUCUCUGGAUCAUUCCUGCUGACCCAGAGCGGAGGAGGCCAGCAUCGUCAAACAAGCAGUCUCAGUGUUUCAUUAGCCGAUCCCGACGGGCAUGUCAUAGGCGGCGGGGUGGCGGGCGCAUUGAUAGCGGCCUCACCGGUGCAGGUGAUCGUGGGCAGCUUUAGCUCUCAAGGUCAAGGGAAGAAGGGAACUCUGCAGUUGAGCCCUUCAGGGCCUUCUGCGUCCGGGGCAAAAGACUUGGAAAGACUCGCGUCGCUUGCCGGCAGCUUUUCGGCUUGAGCACCACGACACACACUGAACUAACUUUCUACGAGUAGAGAUUUCCAGCCAGCCGUCAAAUAGCAGCAGUCCUCUGUGUUUCCUGUGUUAAUUGAAUCGAUUGAGGUUGUGUACACAUUCUUUCUUCUUCUUAAUUUUCCCGGGAAAAUGCUGGUAUAAACUU